AUGUUACAAGCCGGAGUUAGAAACCUCAAGACCGGCAUCAGCAUUAGAGCCAUGUCUGCCUCCACACGUGCCCUCAGUGGUACCAGAAUAGAAACCGAUGCAUUUGGUGAAAUUGAAGUCCCCAACGACAAGUACUAUGGUGCCCAAACUGCCCGUUCUAAAAUGAACUUUAAGAUUGGUGGACCUGCUGCUCGCAUGCCCGCACCCAUUGUGCAUGCCUUUGGUGUAUUGAAGAAGUCCACCUCAUUGGUCAAUGAGGAAUUGGGAACCUUGGACCCCAAGUUGGCUGGUGCCAUUCAAGCAGCUGCUACUGAAGUGUCGGAAGGUAAAUUGGAUGACCAUUUCCCAUUGGUUGUUUUCCAGACCGGUUCUGGUACUCAAUCCAACAUGAACGCCAAUGAAGUCAUCUCCAACAGAGCCAUUGAGAUUUUGGGUGGAAAAUUGGGUUCCAAGAAACCUGUUCACCCUAAUGAUCACGUUAACAUGUCUCAAUCAUCCAAUGAUACCUUCCCAACUGUUAUGCACAUUGCUGCUGUAACUGAAAUCAACAACUCAUUGUUGCCCGAAUUGACUGCCUUGAGAGACUCUUUACAAAAGAAGUCUGAUGAAUUCAAGGACAUCAUUAAGAUUGGUAGAACCCAUUUACAAGAUGCUACUCCAUUGACUUUGGGUCAAGAAUUCUCUGGUUACGUUCAACAAUUGACCAAUGGUAUUGAAAGAGUCGAAAAGACUUUACCAAACUUGUUGUACUUGGCUCAAGGUGGUACUGCUGUUGGUACCGGUUUGAACACCAAGAAGGGAUUUGAUGAAAAGGUUGCUGCCACUGUUUCCAAGUUGACAGGGUUCCCCUUCAAGACUGCUCCUAAUAAGUUUGAAGCUUUGGCUGCUCAUGAUGCCAUUGUUGAAGCUUCUGGUGCUUUAAACACUUUGGCUGUCUCCUUGUAUAAGAUUGCCAACGAUAUCAGAUACUUGGGUUCUGGUCCAAGAUGUGGUUAUGGUGAAUUGUCUUUACCCGAAAAUGAACCUGGUUCUUCCAUUAUGCCUGGUAAGGUCAACCCUACUCAGAACGAAGCUGUUACCAUGUUGUGUACUCAAGUUUUCGGUAGCCAUGCUGCCAUCACUUUUGCCGGUGCUUCUGGUCAAUUUGAAUUGAACGUCUUCAAGCCAGUGAUGAUCUACAACUUGUUGAACUCCAUCAAGUUGUUGGCCGAUGGUUCUUACUCCUUCAGAGUUCAUUGUGUUGAUGGUAUUGUGGCCAACAAGGAUAAGAUCGACAAGUUAUUGCACGAAUCUUUGAUGUUGGUUACUGCCUUGAACCCUAAGAUUGGUUACGAUGCUGCUUCCAAGACUGCUAAGAAUGCUCACAAGAAGGGCUUGACCUUGAAGCAAUCUGCUUUGGAAUUGGGUGUUUUGACCGAGGCUGAAUUUGACCAAUGGGUAAGACCUGAGAACAUGAUUGGUCCUAAGGAUUAA